GUGAGGCGUAUGGCUUGUGCCGAGUGCAGGGCGGGGAGAGGCUGAGGAAGGAGCUCGCCCGUCUCCUCCGUCCCCCCUCCCCACAUUGUGGACUUUCCCCUCACACAGUCCACACCCGGCAAGCUCGCUCCAUGCUGUAAUCCUCCUCCAGCGGGGUGCUCGGAGGAUGCGCUGGAGAGCCUGCACCCUGCGCCUCCUCGCCCUGAGCCUGGCCGCCCUGCUCUGCACUCACUUCUCCGCCGAGCUCAAGCGCAAAGCGUUACCCCAGCCCGGGCUGCUUGUCAGAGUGCCACCCAAGGAGCCGGGGGCAGAGGUGUACAACCGGAGACUGGAGGAGGUGCCCAGCAAGAGGCAGGUGAUCUAUGUGAGAAGGAGCGGCAAGGGUGCAAGCCCGGGGAGGACCACCGGUGUGCGCAGGAGGGACACUCUGCAGCCUGUACGCUGGCAUAUUGACCUACAACCCUGGGCUGGUCCCUCACGUUCACUUGAAGAAGAAGCAAGACGAUUCCUACACUAUAUCACAAAAGCUCAGAUUACGUGUUCUGGCUUGGUGGCCAAUGGAGUGACAGAUAAGAAAGUAGACAAUCUGAAGCCCUGGACAGUCUGCCUGGAUAACAAAUUUAGUUUAGCACACCAGAUCAGAAGUAAGCAAUGUCGUGUCUACUCUUUAGGAUUAGGUAAAGAUGACAACAUAUUUGAAUUUAACAUGGCUUCUGGAGGGUGUGAAGUCCAUCGGUUUGAUCCAAGCAUCCCAUCUGCUUACAUCCGUGAAGCAGAGCGGUUCAGGCAUCAUCGUCUGUCUGUUGAUUGGAGAGAUCCCAAACCAGCCAUAGCUCCACAUAGAUUACAUAGUAAUACUAAGAAGCUGAAGGCCAUUCUGAAUGAGUUUGGACAUUGGAAGAUUGAUGUCCUUAAAGCAGACAUGGAAAGCGCAGAGUGGAAGAUCUUGGAAAAUAUUAUCCUAGAGGGCAUUGUUGAGCAGAUCGGACAACUUGUUUUGGAGAUCCAUCUCCACUGGCCUGGGUUUGAAGUCGGUGGAAAUGACAGCAGUGUUGUCAGAUACUGGUAUAGCUUAUUCAAAGAGCUUGAGUACAAGAACUUUAGACUUUUUCAUACAUACAAGGACGUCUCUAAACCGCAAAUGUUCCUUAAAAAAGAGAUUUUCAAUGCAAGCAGUUGCUAUAUACUGAGCUGGGUAAAUACCAGGUGGACAUGACACAAAGAUAUCGGACCUGCACAGAAUUAAACUUGUUCUCAAUAUGACUCUUGAUGAAGGAAGUGAGGCAUAAGGACUUGCAUUUUGUGAAAUGAGCAACGUCUACGCUGCACAAUGUUCUCGAUAAUGCUCAUCAGCUAACUUGUAUUUGCCAGAGAAUUGGCUAUUUUAAAUGAAGAAUUUUAAAACUCUUCCUGCUGGUAAAAUGAUGCUCCAGG